UAUUAAAUAUAAAAGCAAAUAUGGUGAAAAGUGUCUGCGAAAUGGAAUUCAAGAGCAAUUUCAGCAUUGAUGCCAUUUUGGCCAAGAAACCAACAGCACCUGCAAUUAAACAUGAAGCAAUGCCAGCACAUCAUAACCAUGGCUAUCAUCCAUAUGCCAAUUCCGAUGGUGAGCUGUCGGCAUCGGAAGACUUUGAUAGCCCCUCACGAACCAGCACGCCCAUGAGCAGCGCUGCCGAGUCGCUGUCAUCGCAGCACAACGACAAACUGGAUGUGGAGGAGUUUGAUGAUGAAGAUGUGGAGUUGGAUGGUGAGGACAGCGAUGGCAGCAGCGAACAUGUUGGCAAUCCCAGCAAGAAACAAAAGACCAGCGCCAGCAGCAACGAUAACAAGAAGCCGCCCUAUAGCUACAAUGCUCUGAUUAUGAUGGCCAUCCAGGACAGUCCCGAGCAGCGUUUGACACUGAAUGGCAUCUAUCAGUAUCUCAUCGAUCGCUUUCCCUACUUCAAGGCCAACAAGCGCGGCUGGCAAAACAGCAUACGCCACAAUUUGAGUCUGAACAAAUGCUUUACCAAGAUCCCACGCAGCUAUGAUGAUCCCGGCAAGGGCAACUACUGGAUUCUGGACCCCUCAGCCGAGGAGGUGUUCAUUGGCGAAACAACAGGCAAGCUGCGGCGCAAGAAUCCCGGCGCCAGUCGCUCCCGUCUCGCUGCCUAUCGCCAGGCCAUCUUCUCGCCCAUGCUGGGUGGCGGCUAUGGUGCUCCUGGUCCAGCUGGCUAUGGCUAUCCUGGGAUGCCUUUUGCCAAUGUUGCCGCUGCCGCCGCCGCUGCUGCGCUCUAUCAGCGCAUGAAUCCCGCUUAUCAAGCAGCUGCUGCUGCCGCCGCAGCUGGCUAUGGUCAGCCCCAGAUGCAGUAUCAGCCAGCUCCAGCUCAGGCGCCAGCUCAUCCGCAACUGCAAGGUUAUCCAGCAGCUCAUAUGAACGCCGAGUUGUUCCAGCGCAUGCAGUUCUUUGGCAAAUUCCCCGCCAGCUAAGCUUCGACCACGCCCACUACUUUUGGUUUAAUGGUUCUAUGGAAGCCAAUGCCGCCGCCAACGCCUCAGCAGUUACACAGACACACACACAUAGAUACACUUACUCAACUUUUGACGUCUAAAUGUUUUGCCCAUUUAGCAAAUGAGAAAGAAUUGUGCAGAGAUUUGGUCGUCGCCAACCGGCCUGGACAGCCGGCUAGGCACUUGGCUAGCAUCCAAGUGGCAACAGCAGCCGCCAGCAGCUUGGCAAGCUCCAACUUAAACGGCUGCGCCGCCGCCAGCGCAGUUAUCAAGGCGGCUAGU